GGAGGCUGGAGGAGGAGGCUGGAUGAGGCUGGAGGAAGCUGGAGGGGGCCGGUCCUGCCACGGAGCUCCGAGCUGCAGCCCUGAGCAGCUUCCUACCCGCCGCUACUCCUGACAAACGGCUCAUUCUCAGCUCUGAUCAUGUGCUUCGCUCUCCGACUGUCUCCGGCUCUGCUGCAGGAAGCUGGGCUUGUUUUCGCUCCCUGACAGCCCCAUCCGCAGCAGCUUCUUCCUCUUUCUCUGGGUUUCGGCUCUCACUUCUCCUCGGCCGGGGGCUGAGCAGCGACAGACCGGCAGCAGAUCAGCCUCCCUCGCCGCUGCGCUCCCCUCCUCCUCCGGCCAGCAGGUCAUGGAGGCCCUGGUGGAGGAGAAGGAGCCGAUGGAGCAGCCGCCCCUGCCCACCCUGAGCCCGGCCGUGCCCCCCUACGUGACUCUGGGCCUGACGGUGGUGUACACCGUCUUCUACUCCCUCCUCUUCAUCUUCAUCUACGUGCAGCUCUGGCUGGUGCUCCGGUACCGACACAAGCGCUUCAGCUACCAGACGGUAUUCCUGUUCCUGUGCCUGCUGUGGUCGGCGCUGCGCACCGUCCUCUUCUCCUUCUACUUCAGGAACUUUGUGACAGCCAACACUCUGGGGCCCUUCCCCUUCUGGCUGCUCUACUGCUUCCCUGUCUGCCUGCAGUUCUUCACCCUCAGCCUCAUGAACCUGUACUUUGCACAGGUUGUUUUCAAGGCCAAAUCCAAGUAUUCACCAGAACUUCUGAGGUACAGGCUGCCACUGUACCUCCUCUUCCUCUUCAUCAGCCUGGUGUUUUUAGUGGUGAAUUUAGUUUGUGCCCUGCUGGUGAGGAUGUCCGCUGCAGAAGCUCACACCAUCGUCUUAGUGAGAGUCGCAAUCAACGACACACUUUUCGUUUUGUGUGCCAUCUCGCUCUCUUUAUGUCUUUACAAGAUCGCCAAGAUGUCACUGGCCAACAUUUACCUGGAGUCCAAGGGGACAUCGGUGUGCCAGGUGACGGUUAUAGGAGCCAUCGUCAUCCUCCUCUAUGCAUCCAGGGCCUGCUACAAUCUGGUCGUCCUGGGACUGUCAAACAAAAGCAUCAACUCUUUUGACUACGACUGGUACAACGUUUCAGACCAGGCGGAUUUACAGUCAACUCUGGGCGACACUGGCUACAUCGUCUUCGGGGUGAUUUUGUUUGUAUGGGAGCUUCUCCCCACUUCUCUUGUGGUUUUCUUCUUUAGAGUUCGACAGCCGAAUCUAGACAGGAGCGGCUCUGGCCUCCCCGGUCACGUCUUCUCCUCUCGGGCGUAUUUCUUUGACAACCCGCGACGUUAUGACAGCGAUGAUGACCUGGCGUGGAGCGUCAUGCCUCAGAACAUCCAAGCCAGCCUGGCUGCCGACAGCUACGAGUGGGGGAGCCAAAGCAGCGGCAUCAGCGCCUACAUCGGAGGAGACGACAGCUACAACCUCCCUCUUCCUCCAGAGGAGCUCAGCCACUACUGACCGGAGCUCAUCAGUGACUCCUGCUGACCUGUGGCUUCAGUUUUCUUUUGUAUAUUUUUGCACAGUCUCUGUUCCAGACCGAGGCACAUGGGGACGAACGUCUCCCUCCACUUCAUACAUUCAGUUUUCUGUUUUGUGUAGAAAAGAACUAACAGACUUUGGUCAGUAUAUACAGACCCAGUGAUGGGACUAUAGUUUUGCACACUCCUUGUACAAAGUUCUGCUCUUAAACAUUUUUCAUUGUAUAGUUUAUAUUGAAUACGGCUUAAUAUAUUUCCUGACCUUUGUAAUAUGUACUGUAUUACUAUUUUAUGUACUGUCAAUGGUGUUCUUUUUCAUACAGAUUAGUUCAUAUAGAGGAGAUAUUCAUUUAAUUCAUAUUAAAACAAGUUUAAAUGUUCUAAAAA